AUGACUCAACCAGCUAGUGACAAUUUCAAACAUGAUAAUCAUUAUUAUAACCAUGAUAUUAAAACAGCUCGCUUUCUAGAUCAAGUAAGAACUACUUUAGCACCAAAAGAUUUUAAUCUAUUUAAGGAAGUUAUUAAUGAAUGGCUUACGUCCUCUUCUUACAAGGGACUAGAACUCAAAUGGAAACAUUAUCAAAGAGCAAAUGAAAGACACGGAUAUUCUUCAUCUUCACUAAAUAUACUAUGUUUCAACAUUCGUGGUCUCGAUCUACGAUGGGGAGACGUUUGUCUUUUGGUCAAAAAACACCUAACUGAUAUCAUUGUCUUAGAAGAGGUUGGACGUGUUGAUUUUGCCUUAAUAAGUGCGGCACUAUCUAAUUAUAAUAUUUUCUAUCAAGCUGGUGAAAAUGCACAUGGCGGUAUACUUGUCAUGAUUCGAAAUGAUAUUUUAGUCGUUAAACUAGACUGUUCAUUACCGAACAUUUGCGUACUUGACCUUCAACUCGAACAAAUAAUUAGACUAAUAGCAAUAUAUGCUCCAGCUAGUAAAACAUGGGAAUGGGCAGAUCUGUCUUCUUUUGUUACCAACUGCUGUAUGAUUAUGGGAGAUUUUAACAUCGAUAUAGAACAGGACGGAGAUCAAGCUGAUAAACUUUUGGAGUGGAUGGAUUCAUGUAAUCUAGAACCGGUUGUUCCUGACUCCAAUACAUCACUUCGAUCAAAUCGUACGAUUGAUUAUGCGAUUACCGUCGGUGUGGAACUAACAAUGCAAGUGUACGAAGGUGAUACAACGAGCGAUCACAAACCUCUACUAGGUGUACUCGGAUUUUUGUCUCCCAAUGGUAAAAUUACAAAAGACUCACAAAUAAUGGCAGACACUGCUGCGGAUUAUUACGAAAAAUUAUUUGAAGCACCUAUAGUAAUGCGUCCGCACCCGUACGUUGAUGCUCCUCCUAUGCAAUGGGAGAAUGAAGAUGAAUUAAUUACAACCGUUACUUAUCCAGAGAUACUAAAUAUCCUACAUCGUGGUAUUCUGCCUGACAAUCAAUCGGGAUUUCGGGCCGAAUUUAGAUUACAAACACGUGUAUUACUUCUCAUUGAACAAAUCUCAUCAUAUAUGUCAAACAGCUCUUCGACAGCGACCGUCUUCGUCGAUUUUAAGUCAGCAUUCGACCAGUUGUGGUUCGAGGGAUGUUUGGGUAAACUAACUAGAAUGGGAAUUCCGACUGCCUAUGUUAAUUGGAUUCGAGCGUGGCUUAACGACCGUAAAGCAGUUAUUGAGGUAAAAGGUAAAAGAUCAAGAUGGAUUAAAAUCCAUCGUGGUUGUCCUCAAGGCUCGAGUUUCUCUCCGACGUUAUUUAUCACAUACCACAGCGAUAUGGCUGAUUAUUUGCCAGGUGAAAAGUCAUUCUUUUUUGCUGAUGAUCUUGCCGCUGUAUUUGCCGGUCAAAUCGGAAUCCGAUUUACAAAUCAAUGCAUCGAUUUAGAACGCCGUUUACAAAAUUUUCUCGAUCAACUUGAACUCUAUUCAAUUCUAUCUGUGCAGCCGAUCAAUUAUAGCAAAACACAAGCUAUGUUCUCUGCGAGAGCGGUUAGUUAUCCGAAUCCAUUAUCUCAGGUUCGCUGCGGGGAUCAUAGCUUGGAAUGGAUCACCUCAUUUAAGUACCUUGGUUAUUGGCUGUCGACCAAGUUAGGCUGGGGUAGUAUCAUUCGUAAGACCACUUUAAUCGUUCGUCAACGAACUGCUUUAGUUAACUCCUUCAGGAUAAAUGAUGACCAUUGUUAUGCAUACUGGGGAAAAUGUCUAAAAGCUCUGGAGAAGUCCAAAGAUGGAUGCCUGUUGUGUGAACAAUCAGAACUUAACGCGCACAGAUCGAAAUGGCAAGAAGGUGAAAGCUCAAUUCGUCGUCUGAAGAAAUCAAAAAGAUUUGUAACACAUCGUGAUAUACUCGAACGAGUUCUGUCUUGGAUGACAACACAUGGAACAUCUGAUUCUGUUAUUCCCUACAAUGUUGAUGAGCUGCUCUGCUUUUCACGAUAUCCAGAAACGUUCGUAUAA